UGAGCUUCUCUGGUUUAACUUUCUUUGCCCGAUGCAUGCUGAGGGCACAUUUUGGAGCUCUGAGGUAGCCCCUUAUCUUUCAUCUUCUUGCACCUUGUCUUUGGAGCCUUAACGAUAACUGUACGGAACCGCGGUGUCAUUUCAGAGCAUGAUGUAAAUAAUGGAUGGCUGUUCCGCAGCGUCUGUCUUCUUGACUGACAGCUUAGAGCUGGAACUGGGGACAGAGUGGUGCAAACCCCCCUGCUUUUCUUGCGCUUUUGACAACAGAGAGGGAACAUUUUCUGGAGAGUCCUACCUUGCCAGUGGCGCCCUUAAGCGGUUAAUUUUAGAUCUUGAUCCAUUACCAACUAAUUUUGAAGAGGAUACAGUAGAACUGUUUGGCAUCCAGUGGGUUACUGAGACAGCACUAGUCUAUUCAUGUCGAGAGCUCUUUCAUUUAUUCAGGCAACAGAUAUUUAACUUGGAGUCCUUGUUACAAGUCAACUGUGAUUUUGGGAAGAUAGCCACCUUGCACGCCAAAGCAGACAGUAUUAGACAGCAAUGUGUAGUGUUUCUUCACUACAUUAAAGUUUUCAUCUUCAGGUAUCUGAAAGUACAAGAAGCCGAGCGCCACAGUCUCCCUGCCCAUCCCUAUGAGGCUUUGGGAGCUCAGCUUCCUUCCAUGUUGGUUGAUGAGCUUCGUGGAUUACUUCUAUAUAUUGGACAUCUAGCUGAACUUCCCAGUGUUACUCUAGGAGCAUUUGUAAAUCAAAACCAGAUUAAGCUCUUCCCUCCAUCAUGGCAUUUAUUACAUCUCUACUUAGAUAUUCAUUGGCUGGUGUUGGAAAUACUGCACAUGCUGGGAGAAAAAUUGAAACAAGUUGUUUAUGGUCGUCAGUUUAUUAGUCAGGCAGGUGACAGUUUAACCAAUGUCAGUCUCUUUGAAGAACAUUGUGAACAUCUUUUCUGUGACUUAAUAUGCCUGUCACUCAACAGAUAUGACAAGGUUAUGCCUUCAGAAGCAUUAAUGAUUAGUCACUACCCGUGCUCCUGUGUUAAGGAAUUAUGGGUUCUACUUAUUCACCUUCUAGACCACAGAAGUAAAUGGUCUGUUGCAGAAUCAUUUUGGAAUUGGUUGAAUAAACUACUUAAAACACUUUUUGAAAAAUCAAGUGAACAAAGAAGACCUGUUUCCCUAACCCAGGCCAAGGACCCAUUAGGCUUUAGUUGGUGGAUUAGUGUUCAUGUAGCAUCAUUGUACCAGAUUGAUCGCCAUGGUGUAUUAGACGAAAUGAGACAGAUGGAAUCGAAUUGGAACUUUAUAGAAGAACUUUUGAGACAGUCCGUCACUGUUCAGGAAAGUAUAGUAGAAGAACAGUUACGAAUGCAUCUUCAUUGUUGUUUGACACUUUGUGAUUUCUGGGAGCCAAAUAUUUCAGUUGUAACCAUUUUAUGGGAGUAUUAUUGUAAGAACCUGAAUAGCUCCUUCAGUAUUUCCUGGCUUCCUUUGAAAGGCCUUACUAAUAUCAUUAAGUCACCACUGUCGAUGCUUACACUGGUGAAGAACUGCUGUUGUGAUAAACAAGACCCUAACCUGUAUAAAUCCAGCAGCAGUUACAUCAUCUUUCUUUGCAUUUUGGCAAAAGUUGUUAAGAAAGCAAUGAAAAACAGUGGCCCUCAUCCUUGGAAACAAGUUAAAGGAAGGAUAUAUUCUAAGUUUCAUCAAAAAAGGAUGGAAGAACUAACUGAAGUUGGCCUACAGAACUUUUUCAGCCUUUUUCUACUGUUAGCAGCUGUUGCAGAGAUAGAAGAUGUCGCAAGCCAUGUUUUAGACCUCCUUCGUUUCCUCAGGCCUGCCUCUGUGUCACCUCAUAGAGCCCUUCUUUGGAAGGGUCAGAUGGCAUUUCUCCUGAUGUAUGCCCAGAAAAACUUGGACAUUGGUGUUUGGACUGACAAACUAUCAUGUGAAUUCCAAGAGAAAGCAAAGGAAUUCUUGGUAUCUAAGAAUGAUGAAAUGGUACAGAGACAUACUCUAUGGACAGUGCUUUGCAUCUAUAUCGAUGGUGUUCAAGAAGUAUUUGAGACCAGCAGUUGUUUGUAUCCUUCUCAUGAGCAUCUUCUCAAUGAUGGAUUUAGCAUGUUACUGCGAGCCUGUCGAGAGUCUGAACUCAGGACAGUGCUGAGCUUUCUACAAGCUGUUCUGGCCAGAAUCAGGAGUGUUCAUCAGCAAUUGUGUCAGGAACUUCAAAGAGAGAAUGUGGACCUAAUUGUACAGUCUUCAUUAUCGGCUAAAGAGCGCCCCCUGGCUGCCGUCGCCGGUGCGCUGUGGAGGCAUUUCUUUUCCUUUCUCAAGAGUCAGAGGAUGACACAAGUCGUGCCCCUCUCCCAGCUUGCAGAUGCCGCUGCAGAUUUUACUUUGUUGGCAGUGGACAUGCCAAACACAGCACCACCAGAUCUUCAGCCACAGCCAGUUAUAUCAAUAAUUCAGCUUUUUGGUUGGGAUGAUAUCAUCUGGCCCCAAGUUGUAGCAAGAUAUCUAAGUCAUUUGCUACAAAAUAGCACAGUAUGUGAAAUACUUUCUCAGUCAAGUUGCGUAUCUUUUCAAUCCUUAACUAUAAGAUCAUGGAUCCGUUGUGUUUUGCAAAUGCACAUAAAACACCUCUCUGAACCUGCUUUGCUGAUUGAGAUGAAUCCUGAACAGGCCAUGGAAAAAGAAUACAUGGAACAACUGGCUGAAAUGACAAGAUUACUAUUUACACUCUCAGAAGUAAGGAAUAUCUUCUCAAAGGCUCAAAUAGAAUAUUUGCCCAGCCCAGAAGACCCCAAACAAGCACUUAUUCAAUUCCUUGAGGCUGUUGGUGUGACUUACAGGACUCUCCAGACAUUAACUGAUAAAUCUGUCAUGGUCACAAAGUCCUUAGAAUACCUUGGUGAAAUAUUAAAAUACAUAAAGCCUUAUUUGGGGAAAAAAGUUUCCAGUGCAGGAUUGCAGCUGACUUAUGGGAUAAUGGGAGUUCUUGUUAAGUCGUGGGCACAAAUCUUUGCCACCUCUAAAGCACAGAAAUUACUGUUUCGGAUAAUAGACUGUUUAUUGCUGCCACAUACAGUGCUACAGCAGGACAAGGAGUUGCCUGUACCCAUGCUGACUGCAAUUCAGAAGACUCUUCCUCUGUAUCUACAGGGUAUAUGUAUUGUGUGCUGCCAGUCUCAAAAUCCAAAUGCCUACUUGAAUCAGUUGCUAAGGAAUGUCAUUGAACAGUAUAUAGGGCGGUUUCUCCCAGCCUCGCCCUGUGUUUUGGAUCUUGGACAACAUCCUGUUCUGUUGGCACUGAGAAAUCCUGCCUCUGUUCCAUCAACGAUGCCUCUAAGGAAGCACAUUGUCCAUGCCAUAAGGAAAUCCUACCUUGAGUUUAAAGGGUCAUCACCCCCUCCUCGGUUAGCAUCCGUAUUGGCCUUCAUCCUCCAAUUCUUCAAGGACACUGAAAUGGGUGUUUGUGACCUUGAACUACUCCUUCCUGGCAUCAUGAAGUGUUUGGUGUUGGUAAAUGAACCCCAAGUUAAAAAGCUGGCCACAGAGAACCUGCAGUGCUUGGUAAAAACCUGCCAAGUGGGGUCAGAAGGAGGACCUGCCACCCAGCUGACUUCUCUGUUUAGGCAGUUCAUUCAGGACUAUGGUAUGCAAUACAGUUAUCAAGUAUAUAGCAUCCUAGAGACAGUGGCAACGCUGAGUCAGCAUGUUGUUAUCCAAUUGAUUCCUACCCUCACUCAGUCUCUGAAGGAUUCAGAGCUCAAAUGGGGCCUUGGCAGAAAUAUUGCACAGAGGGAAGCAUAUAGCAAACUUUUAUGCCGCCUAGGACAGGUGGGACAGGAUGAGAAGCAGAGACUGGAAAGUGACAAACUGUGAUGCUGCUGCGUGGUUCUUCCUUUCUGUGAUGUCUCUGUCUAAAGCUGCUUUGUGCCACCCCAGCUGGUACUGUAAUUACUAGUGUAAUGUUGUAUCAAAAAUAAUUUCCUUCUGCCUGCAUGUAUGAAAUAAAUAAACAUAUAUAUAUGGAGUGAAGGCUAGUUAGUAACUGUAUAAUAGGAUACUAGGAACUCUGUAAAACUCUGCUCUAUCUUGAAGAGAUUUUUAACUAAUUAAAGACUUUUUGAACCAAAA